UGAGUGUCUCCAACUAUAAUAAAUUCAUUCUUCAUUUUGCAUUAAUAUGGACUUUGUUGAACUAAAGCUCAAUAAAAAUAAAAGAGACUGAUAAAGUUAUGUAAUUAUAUCUUCCUGAUAAGCAAUCUAUGUAUCAUAAUUUGAACCCAUCAUUUGCACAUAAAUGUUUUGAUCUAGAUAGAGUAAUGGUGGAUAUAGUGACCAAAUCCAUUGAGAUUUGGACAUAAAAAUAUUACUUUUGGGGGAUAGGUGAUCGCUUUAACGUUUCAAGGAUGUUAAAUAUUCCAAAAGUAAUGAUUGGGACAGCAGCAUUUGUUGAUUUAGGAAUACAGUGCUUUCAGUGUGUGGUGCCUUUCCUGCAUAUGCUAUAAUUGAAUUUGUGGCUAUGCUGUUUGCUUAUGGAAUUGGGUUCAGACCUAAAUCCCAGAGGCUAAGCAGACAACCCUUUUGUAUAGUUGCUUGAGGGUUACAUCAAUCCACUGUUUCUGUUCAUGCCAACAGAAGCAUGAUUCUCCCAUUUUUUUCAUCUUUCUCUUUGCCUUAUUAGGUUAUUGGUUGUAUAUUUCAAGACCAACAAUUUGUUGAUGUGAUGUAUGUCUUCAACCUCAGGCCCAAACGUGCCAACUAGUUUUGUGUUUUUUAGUGGUUGCCACUACUACUCUGGUUCUACUUCAUUCUUUCCAUUCUCGUGAGUUCACCAGUAAAAAACGUGAGCCUUUAUUUCAGCAAAUUUAUUUGCCAAUUUCAUGUGCUUACUGAGAGUGUUUUCUUUCAUUGGGUUUGAGUAUUGCGUCUACAAAAGGUUGGUUUCAAUGGAUGCCGGUGUAAAUUUUACUUCUGUUAAAGGGGUAGAUGUUAUUAAUUUGAAAAGAUAAAUGGGUAGAUGUUAUCGUAGUUUGUGAUCCAUAGUGUGAAUUAGAAUGCAUCUUUCCUCCCUGUGAACAUAUCUGGUAUGGAAUGGGAUAUGAAACCCACCUCACAGUGGAAUUGGGAAAAUUUUGCGAUGUUUCUUGGUAAAGGAAAUGAGACCAUAAAGAGGGUUGCACAGCCAACAGAUUGGGGAAGUGUUCACAAUGGAGAUUUCGGUAAUGGGCUGUUUACACAAUCUGCAUCUAGUUUAGGUUAUGGUACUUUCUCAAAGAGGGCCAUCCCAUCCUGUUUUGAUUCUUCAUCAUUUAAUAUAAGUAGUGGAUCCUCAAUUUUCUCCUCUGAGCUGAAUAAAUCUGAAGUCAUGAAGGACUCCAAGUACAGGGAUGCUAGCUUCCUUGAUUUAUCCAGUCACUUUUGUUCUUCAUUUCACUUACAAGAAAGGAUUCCUGAAUUUUCCGCCAAGGAGAAUGACUACAAUGGAUUGAAAGGCUCUAACCUUUCACCAUUACCACUGGUUUCAGCAAGCUUAGGAGAACCUUUAAUGGGUUUGAAGCUUGGAAAGAGGACCUACUUUGAAGAUGUCUCAGCUGGAAACAGUAUCAGGAUUACAGCAGCUUCUUCUGAACCUUCUUUGCUUCCUGGUGUCGUAAAAAGGUCUAGGACAUCAUGUCAGAGCAUCCAAAACUCAUAUUGCCAAGUUGAGGGUUGUAAUGCUGAUCUAACUUCAUCUAAAGAGUAUCACCGAAAACACAAAGUGUGUGAUAACCAUUCUAAAUGCCCCAAAGUCAUCGUAGGUGGAAAAGAACAACGAUUUUGCCAACAGUGUAGCAGGUUCCAUGGUUUGUUGGAGUUCGACGACAGAAAAAGAAGCUGUCGCAGGCGCCUAGCUGAUCAUAAUGCCCGUCGUAGGAAGUCACAGCCUGAUGCAAUUCUAUUGAACCCUUCUAGGACAACUUCCUCCCAUCAUGAUUGCAGGUCCCUGGAACGACUUGCAUUGGAUCCGGUGGCAUCCACUGCAGCAACAACAACAACGAGGUCAUCAUCAUCGUCUUGGGAGGACACAUAUGGUUUACGCUUUGCGCGUUCGAAAGCUUCUUGGGAGAGUCUCACAGAAGAAUCUCAUGUGGCAAAUUCAGAGAUGCCAUCUUUUGACAGGAUGCUAAUGCUCAGGGAUGCCCCUUUGCAAACCUUCCAUCAAGGUAUCGAAGCCGGAUCUGCGGGCUUGGAGGAAGCCCCAGAUCGUCGGCGUGCUCUCUCUCUUCUGUCAUCGGAUUCGUGGGGCUCAACAAUGGCCCACUCGCCUGCCUAUCUCACGCAAUAAAAUAAUGGAUUCAAGACUUGAGGCCACCUCACCUGGUGCCAUAAUCAUGACCACUGUUUUCUGGUAGGUGGCACUUGGUAAGCUCAAUUUCUCUUCAAUCUUAUUACUCCGAAUUUCUCCUUUUCAUUUUCAGUGACAGAAUUUUUCGGUGAAUAAAUUUUUAUUUUAUAUUGGCUGCUGGUAUUGUAUAUUAUGUGGCCUUUUGCGAAAUACUAUUUGGCAAAGGUGCUUUUUCGUGAAAAUAAAAGGAAACUUUAACUGUAAUUAUGGAUUGAAAAAGAGGGGCCAACUUAGGUGAAAUUUAGGGUCUAUUGGUUCCCUUGUGGGAUAGGAAAACAUUGUGCUCGAGAGUUGAGAAUCUAAAUCUUAGGCCCAUUUUGGAAGAAAUUCAUGACUAAUGACCUGGGGAAACAUAAUUUG